GAGUCAGAACGCUGUUAGACAUGGCCAGGAGCAGCCUUUGCAUCGUACCAUUGUGUUUCGCGUCGUUAGUCGCGUGGGCAGAUGGUCGCGCUCUUCCCGCAGAAGAAGAUGAACGACGAUGGAACACGCCGCCGGAGCUCAUUCCAGAGCAGGUCGUCAAGAAAUCCGACAUGAAGAACGCACGAUUAUUGUCUAUUCCGAUCACAGCGAACAUCAACGUGAACGCGGGAAGCAAUGCGCACUCUUUGGGAUUUCAAGUGGGCCCUGAAGGCUUCGGAUACUCUGAGAGCAGCAGCUUCAACCAACAGGCCGUUUCGCAAAGUCAAUCGCUGUCGUUCGUCGCUGGAUCGUCAGGUGUUGCUGGCGCUGUGAGCCAGGCAAUGGGCCAACAUCGUCCUGUUCUUGGCAAUCAAGGACACGUAAACGGUCAAUCGUUCGGUUUUGGUAGCGCAGCUGCCUCUUCGUCUGGAACCGUCCAAAAUGGUCACGCAGCAUCUGUUGCCUCUUCUUCCGUUGGUUCCGUGCACUCUUCCGCCUCGUCGGGCGCAGGAACCAUUUUAGUCUCCGAAGGAAUGCAUAUCCGGUUUCCGGAAGGCCAAAGGCAACCCAUUUGGACCAACAUUCGUCCAAAUUAUAAUAAUAACGGUCCGCAAGGUACGCGUGCCCCAAAGUUGAACAUCAACGUAGAACCGCAACGAGAGCAGAACUUCGAGCCAAUUCUUCAAAUUUCGACGCAGCAAACACGGCGGGGAAACGAUAGGAGGCCAACAAUUCGUAUACAAAAAUGGCACCCUACUUAUAGGUCGUACUACGACGAUGUACAUUUAUGAAACAAUAUUGGACAGUAAAAAUAAUUGAAAAAGUUCUA